CGUGUCCCUGUUAAAGUUCUGCUGUGUGUUGUUUACGAACACGGUCUUGCCAUCCGAUGGUUAGAACAACGUAUCUGUUGUUUUGGACACAAGUAGUAUGAGUGACGAGUUCAACGAAGUGUAGUAUCGUUUCGGUUCGAUCGAACGGCAAGAGGAUCCUACAAUUGAUUCGCGUCACGAAUGGCGACAGCCGUAAUGAGUACGCCAACUGCAGCUAAAGUUUUGUUCGAGGAUUCCAAGUUUCACCUAACCGAGCGCGUUCAAAGUAACGUCAACGGACUUGGUUUGCUCGCCAGGCAGGUUCUCAAGGGAGCUCGCAGUCAGCAGACACUCGGACAAGCCGCAAAGAACUUCGCUGCUCAGGAUAGUACCAUCUAUAAUUCCGAGAUAAAUCUUUCGAAAAUGCAGACGUUGGUCGCUUCAAUGCAAAUACAGACAACGGCGCUACAAAAGCACGUCCACAUGAUCCCGGCUCUUAAAAAGCAGAUGGAACAGAUGAACCUUUAGCAAUCCCAGUAUACAGUGCAAC